CUGGUAAAAGGACAUGUGCGUGAAAGAGCAGGCGUUCACAGCCACUCCGUAACCCUAGAAAGAAAGGAGAGAGUGAACGAGCGACAGUGAAGGAGGAGGGAGGAGAGAAGUGGAGGGCAGCACUUUGAGGAGGGGACAUUGGCACACCGGUGACUCCACUGCCACUGAGAGCGAAGAGGAGUGUGAGAGACGCAGGGGAUGAGGGAUCAUGGUUUUUCUGAGGCACAGCAGCUUGUGUUCACGUCUGAUGUCCUGGAGAGUGUGUGAACGGUGUCUGAAGAGAUUAGCUGAUGUUCUGUGCCAUGUCAAGAACUAGGAGUCUCGGGCACGCUCACUGAAGACAUGGCUCAGGCUAAAGGCCACAAGGAUGGAGGAUUGUCUUCCAGUCAGAAGACUCGACCCAUGUCAGGGGAUGGUGUGGCCUGGAAGGGUCCCCGCACUGUGGUGCUGCAGAAGAACUCUCAGGGCUUCGGUUUUACACUGCGUCACUUCAUCGUCUAUCCACCGGAGUCUGCCCUCCACACUAAGGAUGAGGAGAAUGGCAAUGGCAAAGGAGGUUACAGUUCUCACCUGGAGCCUAUGGACACCAUCUUUGUGAAGAAUGUGAAAGAGAAAGGCCCAGCCCAUCAGGCUGGCUUGUGCACAGGAGACCGGCUGGUGAAGGUGAAUGGAGAAAGUGUGCUGGGGAAAACUUAUUCUCAGGUCAUUGCACUGAUUCAGAAUAGUGAGAAUGUGCUGGAGUUAUCCAUUAUGCCUAAAGAUGAGGAUGUUCUACAGUUGUUUCUUCUCCAUCUCUUACAGGCGUAUUCUCAAGAUGCCUACUUGAGAGGGAAUGAGCCAUACACUGGAGAAGCCCAAAACCUUCCAGAACCUCCUCCGAUCUGCUACCCAAGCAGCAAACCCACCUCCACCACCCAGAACCAUGGUCUUCCUGACAACCUGAACUGUAAACCCAACCCCCCUCUGGACAAAUGCUCUAGAGGGGACAGCUCUGUAAUCGUAAGACAUGACUUAGAGGGAAUAGCGACUCAGCACGCUCUCCCCAGCCAUCAUCGACUGACCCACCACCGCGCCCGCUCCUCCUCCUCUGCAGGGAUAACAAUAAGCCCGUUAGACUUCCACUUUGCCAACCACAAUGCAGCCAUUGCCUCCGCCACUCUCCCCCACCCUAGGAAAGGCAGUCUUCCCCAAGCCCGCAGUGAACUGUGCCACCAAGCUCUAUCUGAUUGGUACUACAUCCAAGCAGAGCGCCCAGGCCUUGCGAUGUCACAUCACCACCGGAGCAUCUCUCAAGACCGACUAUCUGAGCUGGGACUCGCUCUACGAGGUUCUCCUGGUGGAUGGCCACACAGCGCCUCUCAGGACACUCUUUUGCUCCACUACAGUUCAGCAAUUGGGGCGAACCACUCCCCUCGUACUGACUCUUACGGGCUGGGCAGGUGGGGCAUGUCUGGAGGUCAGACCUCUAGCCGUUCCUGCUCAGAGAACCUACUGGCUGCUUACGCUUCGUAUGAGCAAAGUUACGGCCGUUCACUAGAGACUCUAGAAAAGGCAUCCAUUAUGAUCUCGCCACGAUAUGAAAGAUCAGCCUGGCCUCAUCAGAGCAAUCAGCCAAUGAAGGCUGAGGAACGCCCCAGCCUGGCCAAUCAUUGUGCAAUCAUUUCCACAUCAGUGCCACCCUCAGGGCGGGCCUCAAGCCAUGCCCACCAGCAGCAGCAGAUGGGACCUCAAUCACAGCAGGCUGCUCAGAUCAAACAUUUACCGGCACAAACUGUUGAUGACCAGACAGUAGGUUAUCGUAGCUAUAGCCCCUCGUUCUGCCGAAAGGCCACCCAUCUUAUGCAGCAGUCUCACUCCUUCAGGGAUCCAUCCUACACUGGACCUCACCUCAGUUGGACCCCUAAAUCCAGCUCCCCAGAAAGUAUGGCCUCAGGCCGUGAGUCCUCUCCUCAGUCACUGCCCCCCACUGCAGAGCCCCAGGACUCAAUGAGAGCUGGCUCAGGGCUUGGUGGGUUUGUAGAAGAGCUUGUUCAGGCUCAGAUUCAGGAGGUGGUCCUCAGACAAAAGCCCCCCUCAGGCAGAAAGACCCCUCAUGGAGUGCGACAUCCCCAUUAUGCUCUACCUGUGGAUUCGUCUGAACCCCUUUCAGUGACCGCCCCAGCAUCAUGGUCAGGAGACCCAGUGCACCAUACUAAUGGUGGGCUCCCUCCUCCACCUGUGGAGCAGGACUCCCUGGCUGGCAUUCCUUUCAUAGAUGAGCCCACCAGUCCCAGUGUAGACCUUUGUGCCCGCCAUGUGCCAGCAUCCUCUGUGGUGUCCAGCAACCUGUGCCAGGUGUCUGCCCACAGCACCAAUCCUGUCUCUCCCAUCCUCACCUCUCCCCUUACCAGCCUCUUCUACACAGACUGCAGCAACAUCAAAAACAGCCGACGCUCCUCCUACUUGCUGGCCAUCACUACAGAGCGUUCCAAGUCAUGUGACGAGGGCCUGAACACCUUCAGGGAGGAGGGCCGCGUCUUCACAAGACUACCAAAAAGGGUGAAAAGCUUUUUUGCAGAUGGAUCUUUGGAGAGCCUUCGAGUGGCAGAGGAAGCACGCUCUAAACGUCACUCCACCUCUGAACUGGGAAGCAUCACUCUCUCUGACAUCAGGAAAGAAGGCUGGCUUCACUAUAAACAGAUUCUUACUGAGAAGGGAAAGAAAGUGGGUGGAGGCAUGCGGCCAUGGAAACGUGUCUUCUCUGUGCUGCGCUCCCAUUCGCUCUUCCUCUUCAAGGACAAGCGUGAGGCGGUGCUUCACUCGGCUGGAGCAGGAAGUCACGGCAACGGCCAAGGGGAGGACGAGCAGCCAAUCAGCAUUCGAGGCUGCUUGAUUGACAUCGCUUACAGCGAGACAAAGCGCAAGCACACCUUGCGGUUGACGACUCAAGACUUCUGCGAGUACCUGCUACAGGCGGAGGACAGGGAUGACAUGCUGAGCUGGAUCAGAGUCAUCAGAGAGAACAGCAAGACUGACAACGAGGAACUCGGUUUCUCCAGACAGGCUCUCAUCAAUAAGAGGCUAAAUGACUAUAGGAAACAGAGUCCAACAAGCAGUAAGCCAGAUACUUCUCCUAGGAUCCAUCGGAUGAUGCCACCUUUCCUAAUCUCAAAGACCGAAAACACAUCAGGAGUGAACCGUACCCCAGGGAAAGAUGACAGUAAUCCCCCUAAGGCUCCAUGGGGCAUUAACAUCAUGAAAAAGGGAAAGAAAACUGGUCCAAAAGCUUUUGGAGUGAGGUUGGAGGACUGCCCACAUGCUGCCAAUAAUAAGUUUGUCCCACAGAUAGUGGAGACUUGCUGUCGUUUGGUGGAGGAGAUGGGUUUGGAAUAUACUGGCAUCUACAGAGUGCCAGGGAACAAUGCCAUGGUGUCUUCUCUUCAGGACCAGCUCAACAAGGGCCUGGACAUAAACACUGCAGAAGAGAGAUGGCAAGACCUGAACGUCAUCAGCAGUCUAUUAAAGUCUUUCUUCAGGAAGCUUCCAGAACCUCUCUUUACAGAUGAUAAAUAUAACGACUUCAUUGAUGCCAACCGUUUGGAGGAUGCAGGAAACCGUUUGAAAACUAUGAGGAAACUGAUACGUGACCUUCCAGAUCACUACUACCACACUCUGAAGUUUCUAAUUGGUCACCUGAAAACAGUUGCAGACCAUUCAGAAAAGAAUAAGAUGGAGCCCAGGAACCUGGCCUUGGUGUUUGGCCCCACACUGGUGCGAACCUCAGAAGACAACAUGACAGACAUGGUCACUCACAUGCCAGACCGCUACAAGAUCAUAGAGAAUCUCAUUGUGCACCAUAUGUGGUUCUUCAGUGAUGAGCUGGAUAAGGAUGAGAAGACACCAGAGGACCAGCAGGACGUACAGCCUGUUCCAAACAUUGACCACCUACUGUCAAACAUUGGCAGGACGUUGCCGUUGGGAGACUCCUCAGAUUCCAUCAACAGCGACUCAGCUAAACCUAAGGGAGCUUCGGCUUCCAAAAAAGACCUGAGUGCCAAGGACUUCCUCCCCCUGUCCAUCAUAUCAGCCGUGACCCGAAAGAGAAAGAAACACCAGAGCACCUGCCCUUCAGGUAGCAGCACUGAUGAGGACUCUGAGCACGAGCCAAUCAAAGCAAGCAACUUUGAGGAGAUGAAUAAGGACAGAGAUGGGGGAAGCAAAGCAAGACCCCGAACGUCAGAAGGCAAAACGGAAGUAGGCAAGAUGGAGGGAACACAAGAACAGGUGGAGGAGGACCAAGAAGGAGCGAGGGUGACGGAAGAGGAGAGUGUUGUUCUGGAAAAGGGGGAGGUUGGUAUAGGAGUCGAGGUUUGUGAGAGAGAACAGACAGGUCUGAUGCGAUCUCAACGACCCCGAAGCUUUCUAUAUUCACACCAUCAGAGUGUGUCAGGCCUUAGAGCAUCGUCACAGCAAAGCAACUCCUCUUCCUCCACUUGCUCCAUCUCACCACAGCCCUCAAGUAUCACUGCAAACCUUCUCACCCGGAGGAAAUUGAGAGGAGAGAGAGUGCGAUCUCACUCGCUGUAUGUGGAACAGAGCAGGACCGGAGAGGAGCAGGGCUCGGGGACGCUGCCUGUCACUCACACCCGCCCUCUCGGAUUCUCUAGAGUCAAAGCCUCUCUUGUUAGAGGCCAAGAGAGGCUGCGUCAAGCAGUGUCGCCCAGUAGGAGCACCAAGGUGCUCUCUUACCAGCAGAGCUGGAUGAGCCAAGAGCAGGCCAGUCUCCUGGCCCCAACCGAUGGCUUUCUGGGAGUGGUGGGUCAGCAACGGCCGGAAUCGACUGAGACGCGGCACAGGAGAAGAGACUGGAGGCGCCACACAGUGUUGGUUAAUAUGCCUGGGGAGGGAUGAGCGAGCAUUCUGACACUUCAAAACAGUAAACAAAAACCCACCCCUUGCUUACCUCAGCCAUGCUCAGUUUUAAAGGGAUAGUUCACCCAAAAAUUCUGUCAAAUCUACAGUUCUUUACUCAACUGUAUUAUUUUUGAGUUUUCUUUUUUUCAUGAAAUGCAAAAGAAUGUCAGGCAGUUACUCUCAGUCACCAUUCACUUUUAUUCAUUGGAAACGAUUGACAGGCUAACAUUCUGCCUAACAUCUCCUUUUCCACGGAAGAAAGAAAGACCGUUUACACCUGGUAUUAAGAUGCGCCUCAAUGUUCUGAUCACAUGUGGUCAGGCGAAACACAAAACAGUUUACACCUGGUCGCUUAAAUGUGUCUCCUGUGACCACUUGUGUUCGGAUUUAAAGGGGUCUCUGAUUUCAUGAGGACAUGCAUCAAUCACUAUGUCAAUGUGCUACUGCAUGAUAAUAAACUGCAAAAAAGUCAUAAAAAGACAAAGAAAACACGUUGUUUCUCCCAGAUGCAGUUGUAAUUUAAUCUAAGCACAAACGCAACAUUUUGAGCAGAAAUAUCCAUUGUUUUAGUGGAGGUGUGGAGCUUCAGAUGUGUUUGCUUCUCAUCUGUGUCUCUGCAUGUUGAUAUCAGACACACUGAAGAAGUUUAUUGAAGUUUGUGUUUGUGUAUGUGUAUGUAUCUGGUUUUUCACAUUUUCAGAUCAGACUGUUAUUUCCUUUUAAAGCCACUCAUAACCGGAAAAGUUUGAACUCGUUUUAGUGCAGUGGUUGAUUGACAGGUGAGGAUUGGCGCUUCACUGCUGUCAGUGCAUUAGCGUUUACACCUCAAAUGCGAUGUGGUCAUAUGCGUUUUUGACUGCCUCCCUUAUGUGUUUUUUGUGAUCCGGUCACAAAAUUUUACACCUGUAUUUAAAGCUGACCACUUGUGAUCGGAUCAACCAAAAUGCAUCUUAAUACCAGGUGUAAAUGGGGUCCAAGUCAGACAGGUUUGGAAUAACAUGAGAGUAAGUAAAUGAUGACAGAAUUUUCAUUUUUGGGGAAAAUAUCUCUUUAAUGCUUCUUUUCCUUCACAACCCAAGUGGUUGAUUCGCAUGAAACCUGUCAAGAGAAUAUCCUGGUCCUAUUUCACUCCAAAAUCAACAAACAGUAAUAUAUAUUUUGCUUAUAGAAAAUUAAGGCUUUUUUUUUUAGGACAAUUAAAAUGUUUUACAUUGUGACAUUUUCGUAAAAGUUAUGCACAUUUUACUCUGCAAUUCUCAAUACUGCAAUGUGGAAAAAGAUGGUCAUUAUUAUAUUCUCAUUAUUGCAAUGUGGAAAACAAAUAUAUUAUUUAAAUGGUAAAGUAUUUAUAUAUCACAGUAUUUAAAAACAACUGGAGGUGUUACAAUAAUGAGAAUUGGAGGGUAAAAUGCACGGAAGUGUCCUGAAAUUAAUAUCAAAAGACAAAAAAAUAACAAUGGUCCUAAACGUAGACUUCAUUUUCUUUAUGCAAAAUACAAUUUCAUUUUUUUUUUUUAAAUGUUUUAUUGAUUUAAUGUUAAAUAUGACCAGGACAUUUCUUGACAGGUUUUGUGAGAAUCGCCCAAGUGGAGGGCUUCUAUGACCUUCUAUUACUAAAGCCUAUGCCACGACCAUAUGACAGAGCGCCCUUUUCAUUCUAUAUUAACAAGGGAUUGCACACCAGCUCAGCAUUAAUUUCAAGCACAAUGUGGAACCUACUGUAGUCUCUGGUGCAGCAAUCUUAAAGAGAAUUGUAUGGGUUAAACAGUUUGUAAAAAUACCUUUCAGUGCUCCCAACUGUUUCUUAAAAAUAAGUACCGUAGUCUUAAAUUUCUUCUUAUGCCUCACAAAGGAAUACCUGUCCUUUAAAAAGGCUCCAUUGCAAUAAAACCUGUGCUAGUGGCAGAAUUGUCAUACUAACAGACAUCAAAGCAGUCAUCCUGGAAUACCAACUCACUGUGCUCUUCGGUAUGUUUCACUCCAAAAUGGCUUUGAUAAACUUGUACAAGACAGUUCAUUUUCUGUGACCAGCAAGUGUGUUUGUCAACUUCAUAUCCCCUUGUGAUCUAAUCCCCUAUACUGAUGGUUAUGUGUGUUUUUACCCCCAUGUGCAUGUAAAUAUAUAUAUGGGUGACCGUGUAGACCAACUUUUGUAACAAAUGUACAAAAUCUUGCUAAGUUAACCUCUGUGUACAAAUGAUAAUUAUGACAUUAUAUAUAUAAUUUGUUUUCAAUCGUUUCUUAUUGUGCAAUACUCUGUAUUCUGGUUUUCCUUUGUGCUGUUACAUAAAGAAUAUAUUGUGUC